AUGGUCCUGAGUUCCUACAAUGGGGAAGAUAUUCUGGUUUCUUUUGGAGGAUACAAUGGGCGGUACAACAAUGAGGUCAAUGUACUUAAACCAAGCCACAAAUCGACCUUGCAAUCAAAAAUGAUGGAGACUACAGUGCCCGAUAGCGUUUCAGCAGUACACAAUGCUACAAACUGCCACAAGAGAUGUCGAAUCUGA